GUAGCCUACAUCCCAAUGAUGGCUGCAUGUCCUUUUGAUUGACACUUUUAGCUGAUUUCGGAACAAUUCUUUUUUUCGCAACUAUUUUUAAGUUUAACAAAAUUUCCGUAGUUCUUUAAGAUUUUUUUAUUGCAUGCUCCAAAUUUUAGUGAAGUAAUAGUUUUAAUUGAAAAGGGGAGAAUAAUGGUGACAAUUUUCUAAAAUACAUUCUUAAAUACUUUGGCUGAAAGGAUCUAUGGAAAGAUGGUUUUAAUUAAGAGCGUUUUAAGAAUCUUACUCCUCAUCUUUAGUUUCUGCUUCUUGGCAUGCUCGAUUGCUUGUGUAGUGAUCGGCGCUAUAUACGCUUUAAAACUGGGAUUAUUUCGGUCAAUCAAAGAAUUUGAAAGUGAAUUUCGAAGUAAUUUCAUAUGCUACGGACUUAUUGCUUUAGGCCUGUGUAUGUUCGUGGUGGCCGUCAUAGGCUUUAUUACAAUUGCAGCUGGAAAUAUAUUUUGGACAAUUGUUUACCCCGCCUUCUUGACCGCUGUACUCGUGUUAAGUAUCGUCCUGUGUGUGCAUAUUUUUCAGACACACAAUAAAGUGAUCAAAGGAGAUGUACGUAACAGACUAGAGGAGAUAUGGCAGCAAACUAAAAAGGCUGAUCAGGAAAAUAAAGUCAAAAAAAUAAAUGAAAGCUUAAUGGAUUUUAUUCAGGGAACCUUUAAGUGUUGCGGUAUAGAAGGGCGUGACGAUUACGAGAAGAACCCAUCAUGGGGGUAUGGAAAUGGAACUUUACCGUGGUCCUGUUGUCCAAAGGAUCCUAUCAAAUGCAAGAAGCCAAACGCUUAUAAAAUAGUUAUUGGAUUCGAAGUCUUAGCAUGGAUAACCUCAAUUGCCUAUCUUUGUAUGCAAUUCUAAAUUUGAAAUUUGAAAAAAACUAGGAACAUUAAUUAAAUCUAAUCUUGACUGCAGAUUUAUUAUAUGCGGGUGUACAAUAAAUAUCAAAUAAAGUUUUAAUGAUU